AUGCCAAAGGUGAAGCAUUUUAGAAAUCCACAAAAAUCAGCACCUCAACCACAAUGUGAUACACCUCUAACACAAGCUCCAACACAUUCUGUUCCAGCAAUGAAUUCUGAAAUUUCUUCCCUACCUAGUGAUUCCUCACAAGCUCCUGAAGUCCCAACUGUUAAUGUCCCUCUUUCUCAUGUAUCAACUUCUGAAGUUCCACAAGAAGAUGAAACAACAAGACUUCAUGUUGGACACUCUGAAGAAACGAUCAAGAAGAUUAAGGUGAAAAUUAGAGGAGUCAAUAGCUUACCUAGGGAGUUAUGCAUCAUUGUGAAUUUUGAUGACCAAGGCCAAGAAAUUGGUGAAGCACAAGCCUUGCUUUCAGGAUUUCUUGGAACACUGGCAUCUGAUUGCAAGUUAUUUCCUAUAGAUUAUGAUAGGUGGUCUGGACCUUCAGGAGUACCUAAAACUUAUUUUGAUGAUUGCUUUGAAACAAUUUUAAAGAUUAAUGAAGCUAGUGCAAAAUGGUAUUGCAAAUUGAUUAUGGGAAGAAAAUGGGUUGCUAAUAGGCAAAGCUUAUGGAAUGAAUUCAAUGAUCCAUCCAAAACAAGAGAUGAAAUCAUAAGAAAUGUGCCGAUAGACAUAGAUAAAGAUCAAUGGGCUCGUUUUGUUCAUUAUCGUCAAAAACCAUCAACAUUGGAACUUUGUAGGAGAAAAAAAGAAAUUCGAAGCAAGCAAGUUAUUCCACACAUUGUUGGAUCCAAAGCUAAUCCUAGAAGAAGAAAUGAGUUGUUGUUAGAAACUGGGAAGGUGCCAAGUCGUGGACAAUUAUAUAUUGAAACUCAUAAAAGGAAAGAUGGAUCAUUUGUAAAUGAAGAAGCAAAGACUAUAGCGGAACAAAUUGAAGUAGGAUUGACUCAAAGCAUAGUUGAUGAAUCUGAAGUUUCUCCUCUUGAUGUUGUUGGUAGAGUGUUAGGGUCAGAGCACUCUGGGAGAGUGCGAUGCAUGGGAUUGGGAGUUGUUUCUUCUAAUACAUUCAGGAAUACAAGACUUCGAGUUUCUAGCUUGAGCUCUUCUUCAUCUGGUGUUGCCUUUCCAUCUUCAAACCAAUGGCAAGAGAAGUACAACAAUUUAGAAUCAGCUUUUAAGGCCUACAUGAUAAUGAAGGAAGGAAGGAUCCCUGAAGAAUUAGCUAGUUAUUUCACACAUGUAAGUAAUUAA